GUUGUUGUUGUAAUGAUGACGCAGGAGGGGCGUGUCCUGGGGGCUGGGGAGGGUCCGCAGGUAGGAAAAACAAACUCCAAACGCGCGUUUCUUGGUGGUUGGAUGACGCGGAGCUGCAGCAUGAAGUCUUUAUCUUCAGCCGAGGCUCCGAAACUGAAGUCCAGGAGGAAGGUGCCCAAACCUCUGAUGGAGAAACGCAGACGGGAGCGCAUCAACAGCAGCUUGGAGUGUUUGAGACUUCUGAUGCUGGAAAACACCCAGAACGAGAAACUGAAGAAUCCGAAGGUGGAGAAGGCGGAGAUUCUGGAGAGUGUGGUGGAGUUCCUGAGUACAGAGAAGGUUGAGAGGAGCCACCAGGGUGUGAGAGAGGUUAUGUCCGGGAGUCAGAGGUCCAGCGGUCUCCAGCAGAGCUACCAUGACGGGAUGAGGUCCUGUCUGCUGAGAGUCAGCCAGUUCAUCAGCAGUAAGAGCCGAGACCCGGAGCAGAGCGGCUCGGCCCGCGGACGCCUCGCGCUGUCCGAGCCGCUGGCGGCCUCCUCCGGACUCCUCCACAGCUCUCCAGUCCCAGCCUCCCUGUCUCCUGCUCCGCAACACCUCACACUGCAGCCCGGAUCCAGCAAGCUGUCCCCCUCCGCCACCGCACCAGUCACGGCGCACGUCAGCGAUCCGGUGUGGAGGCCCUGGCCCAUGUGACGCGGAACUUGUCAUUUGAUUGAUUCUGUUUGCACAACCUGAACCUUUUUGCACACCGUUUACAUUUAAUAGUCCCGAGUUUGAUGUGUGUUGUUGUUUCGAGUUUUUUCCCCCUACUUUUGUACUCAUGAAUAAAAGAAAAAAUGUGCGUAAAAAUA